UGUGCUCAACAGCUAGUGAGGUUGCCCUCAACCUCCAGGGCUCUCCGCACUCGGUUCCUUCGCCCCGCUCCUCGUCCGCGCCGCCGUCGAGGCUACCACCCGCGCCCUAUCCUUGUAGUCAACGUGCUGCCCUUGCACGACGUUCCCCCUAUGUCUCUGUUCCGCUCCGCCGCCACGCUUUCUUCUCUUGCUGCCGUCGCCGCCGACUGAGCUCUUCCACCGCUGCUUCAUCGCUCAUCUGCCACUGCCGCGGGCCGAGCCACCUCUUCCCUGUUUGAACACCAAAGACAUUGGAUCCAGAAGCAAAAUUCUAUCUCAUAUUAGUGCCUCCUGAACCCCAUUUUGCUUAAUGGACCUCUAUGAGCAAUGGAAGGGAAUCUUGCGGAUCCAAAAGUUUCGGCGAAUGGUGUCAUAUGCUGGCUUCUAUUGCUUUGUCACUCUCGUUAGUUAUGCCUAUACAAGCAACACAAAGAGGGCAGGAUUCUCUAAUGCUGACCAGUACUAUGCUGCUUAUCCAGCCAGCAUCGAGCUUUUGACAGAUACUGCAAAGCUGUACAAGGUGGCUCUUGGAAAUUGCUUUGAAGAAGAGGAAUGGGGACCAAUUGAGUUCUCCAUCAUGGCAAAACAUUUUGAGCGCCAGGGAAAACCUCCAUAUGCGUACCAUGCUCUUUCUUACAUGGUGAUUCCAAAGAAUGCUGAAUUCAUGCAUCUUCAAGAAGUCUGCUGGUGUGAAAAUAAACAUGCUGCAGCAAUACAUGGCGCACCUUCUCUCACAAGGACAACUUGAUGGCAGCGGCUAAGUGCUCAUCGCAACUGCCUCCAUGAGCCAAGUUUCUGCAUUAUUUUGAAGCUCACGGCGAUGAAUUGCCCUAAGAAAGUAGCAACUCCUUUGUUGAACAAAGCAUACAUACCUAAGAGUUAUUGUCAAAUUUCUUGUUGAUCUUUCAGGCUUAUGCAAUUAUCGUCAUCGGUCAAUUAUAUUACGGGUUUACGAGUGUGUGUGGAUGAGAUGAACCAUCAUCUUCUGGACUUUGCGGCUUGUGAUUGUAGUGUGUAUUGUGCAGUCGAAGAGUACAAGAUGAUUAAGAAGAUAGUUUGUAUUAGCAUUUUUUUGGUUACACCAUCGAAUAAAUCUAAAUCAUUGAUGAA